UUAUUUUUGCAUUAGUACUUUCUUAAGGCUCAUACGAAGCAUUUCAUUUGUUUCGUGUUUCACCGACCGAUUUUUUGUGGUUUACGAACACGUGAUUUUUUUUUUCAUCGUCUGGCCCCCGGUUAACGCGAUUCAUUAUUCGGAAUUUACUUUUCAUUUUAUCCGCAGUUUUUCCCCAUUUUUUAGAUUAUCAAUCAAUCGGGCUGGCAGUUGCGUCAAGGUAGCCUUUUACUUACUUUUUUUUUUGACAAGAACGAAUCGAAUAUUCCAAACUUGUGCCAGUGUCGGAGAAUUUCAAUGCAUUAAAAAUGACAUACACCUUGUACGUCGUGGUGCGGCUUUUACCUAACACCACGAUGGUUUUACGACCUUCGUGCACUUGAAUAAUGGACAGAAGACGUAGCGGACGUAGGAAUACAAAAACGAAAAAAUCGCUCUUUCAAAAAUGCAAAGAUUGUUUACGACAAUUUAUAGCUUUUUUAUUCAGCAACGUGGGUAUCAUUUGCUUGGUGGUCGGAUACACGGUAGGAGGAGCUGUGAUGUUUCAACGCAUCGAGAGCCAAUAUCUGAACGGCCAAGAUUUCAGAUUCAACAGAAGCGAGUACAACGAUACCACUAGGUAUGCCGAUAAUCUCGAUAUAUUUUGCAACAAGACUGUAGAGAAGCUGUGGCAUUACGCUAUCUCGGAAACCGGAUUAGAUGAAAAUGAUUUCAAAAAUAAAGUCCAAUUGGAAUUAAUAUUGUAUCAGGAACAAGUCGUCUCCGGGGUGAAAUACAUGGAUUACGAUGGCGACGUCACCUAUCCAGAUAGAUGGACUAUUUCAGCAGCUUUUUUGUAUUGCUUAACAGUCAUCACUACAAUAGGUUACGGAAAUGUCUUCCCACGUUCCCCGCUCGGUAAAGUGGCCACUAUUGUGUACGCUAUUUUCGGAAUGCCGCUAUUCCUUUUGUACUUGUCAAACAUCGGAGACCUAUUGGCCAAGAGUUUCAAAUGGCUGUACGCCAAAUUUUGUUUAUGCAAGAUAUGCCGUUUAAGAAGACGUAGAAUUUUGAAUGGUGACGCACCCCCACCUGCGGUACCGUCACUCAACUCUUGGAGAGCCGCCUCCGAAAAGACGUGGCCGAAUUCCAAUUUGGAUAUUCGGUCUGAUGUGACUGAAGGCGAAGAAAGCGACGAUGAGGAUACCGAAACCGAUUCCAGUAAAUCGUCGUCUACGAUAUCGAGUAAAGACCCUCAAGAUAUAACAGUUCCUAUAUCAUUAUGUUUGGCGAUAAUGAUCGGUUUCAUCUCAAUAGGAGCACUUCUAUUUAGCGGCCAAGAAGGACUGGAUUUUUUAGAUGGUUCCUAUUUUUGUUUCAUAUCCUUAAGUACGAUCGGAUUCGGUGAUAUAGUUCCUACAACCAGCAAAGGCAGUAAUUUCGAGCCGAAUUUCAUCCUAUGCUCGGUGUACCUGAUGCUAGGCAUGGCUUUGAUAGCCAUGUGCUUCAACCUCAUGCAACAAGACGUCGUCCAGAAAAUCCGCACCUGUACUGAUAUCGUACGCAGAAUAGCCAGAUGCCGAAGAUAAUCGUUAUAAAUAGCUGUCAGCAGGAUUUUAGCUAAAUCUUCUCGCGUCAGAUACAAAGGUUAUUGUCAUGGAACUGCAGCAGCCAAACCGGCCAGAAAAGUAAAUCGUUUUCCAAUCAAAUCGAACCAUCUUUGUCGCCGCUUCGAUGAUGAAUGCCAUAAUGUUUGUUUUUUUUUCACUUAUAGAUACUCCUUCUUGCGUAUUUUUUUUCAACGUGUAGACGAAAAUGUAAUUUUUAUCCUUUUGUAUAUAGCAUUUUUUUUCUACUUUUAUAAUUAAACUCGAAUUGGAAAGUUUAUCGCUGGAAACAUAUAUACAGAUAUAAAGUAACAAACGACCA